AUGGAUGUAUUGACUCCCACAGGAGGAGGAGGAGGUAAGGUCCACACGAAAAGGAUCUCGAAGCACAAGCUUGAUGUCUUCGACCUGAAGGACUACGCUGGUUCCUCUCUCUUUGAUCUCUUCGCCCGCCUCGUGUGCGAACUCGAUGGAGUUGUGCCCAGGAAGGAAGUUCACGAGAGCUGGGAAAGCGCGAGUAUCAUCCAUGCUGCCUUCCCUCACUCUGUUCAGGUCGUCGACCUGGCAGGAGGCAACACGCUCCUCUCUUGGGCCCUGCUCAUCCUCGACGACUCGGGGAGGCGCAACGUGCUGUGUGUCGACAAGUUCAAGUCCAGCGCUGCAUGUCGCAUUACCGACAAGUUCCUCCAACGCUGGCCCAACUUGGGGUCGAGGUUCCGACACGUCGAGGGAGACCUGGCGGACCUGCGGCCCAGGAGGGACUCGCUGCUGGUUGCAGUGCAUGCGUGUGGGGCUCUGACGGACACCAUCAUGGAGCUCGGGGCAGCUGCGAGGGCGCAGAUGGUGCUGGUGCCAUGCUGCCACUCCCUGCAGGACAGCUCGAGUACCAUGACGUUCCUGCAGCACCCGCGAGGAGAGGAGGCGCUCCCGUUCGUGCGGAGGAUGUCGAAGCGUGUGGGGAUGGGGGCGGCGAUCGACUCGGCGCGGGUUCGCUGCCUGCGGCGGAUGGGAUACAUCGUACGUUGCUGCAAGAUAUCAGACAGCAUUACCCCGCAGAACCGAGUUAUCCUCGCGCAUAUGCGGCAGGAGGAGGCGGAGGAGACCGAUGCGUCUCGUUCUACUUUGCCUCCUCUCUGGCCUUUCCAGAAACUUCCAAGAAAUGCCUGGUCGUGGUACGCGGGGGAUGCAGGCUCAAAACAAGUGAGGAGGGAGGAGGAGGGAGAAAUCAGGUCUUACUUUCUAGCAGAAGCUGGAGAGAAAGAAUUCGGGCCUACCUGA